CUUCAACUGUUUUUCUGUGUGUUUCCUCAGAAACGCUGGUCCUUGAUUCGAAGAUAUCAACGCAUUCGCAUCUGUGCCAGCAUGUUGUUUGAUCAUAGGAAUUGAACUAGAGGUUACAUGUAGUACAUGUUGUGUGCAGCAGUUUUAUUUUGAUCUGGCCAAGAACAAAAUGGCAGCAAUGAUGUCACGAACAUUAGCCCAGGCGGGCGAUAUGAUGCUGCCGGAUAUGAUCGCGAAGCAGCUACCGCACAAUAGGCGGAAGAGGAAUCAACUCCUGGCCUUGAAAAAAGCACGACAGGAGGAACGAAAGGCGUCCAUGUACUUCUUAUGCUUAUAGUAGUUGUCAUUUGUCUUAUCAUUUGUCUUCUGCCUAGUAUGAGUAUGAUAAGUUCUGGUUCAACCAGAAUUAGAGCUUCUUUCUUCAAAAUAAGCGGAAGAGAUAAAGUAUCAUUUGUCUUCUGCCUGGUAUAAUCAUGUUGACAACGUUUGGCUGCAGCACUUCAUCUCUUCCGCUUAUUUUUAGGAAAGAAGCUCUAUAUUAUAGUACUAGGUAGAGGAUGAAGAUUUAUUCAUUGGUUUCGUUCUACUUACGUUGUACUAGAAUGUUUUGCUCUCCGGCUGUUGUCAACUUAAACAUCCUGUGUCGACUCCACACGACAACUACCACAGGUACGAGCUUGCAGCCAGAUGGAUCAAAGAGAAGAAUAAAGAUGUGCUUGCAGGAGCUAUCGCUUUCGUUCCGUGGAUAGUUCAAGAGGCACACUCAAAAGGCCACCUGGGCCAUAACGUCGUCAUUCAUAAAGGUGUGGGAGCAGUAGUCUUCAGCGACGCUAGUGGUUUUACAGCAUUAACGGAAAAACUGGCGAAGAAAAGUGAGGAUUUCAUAUAAUUGGAUUGAUAUUUGAAUAAAUUGAUUUUUUUUUUUUUUGGAUGUAAUAAUCCCAGAAAGAGUGACAACUAAUCUUUCAAUUAUGUACAACCAAGAUCGUCAAGAAAAGAUUCGUGCGGUCCUCUUGGCCACUCAUAGAUACUCAUCCUCUGACAAAACUACGACUACGGGUACCAAAACCGAGAAAAAAUUUUCUGGUCCUUGUUCUCUACGUCCUCUAUACUCACCAGGCAACGGCGCCGAGCUUCUUUCGCAGUGCUUAACCGCGUUUUUCACCCCUCUCAUCAAAAUUAUCUCCGCAUAUCGUGGUGAUGUGAUCAAGUUCUCUGGAGAUGCAUUGACGAUUUACUUCCCAGCAGUACAAGAUCCGGAUCUCGACAACAACGUGCCUCCAUGUGGAACCUACGGUUGCAGUGGGCACUCACCUGAGGAGCUGUGCGUUCUGCGAGCUAGUGCCUGCUGCAUCGAAAUUCAUAGAAGGCUCCAUAUGUUUGAUUAUGGCGCCUCGUAUAUAUUUUCAUCUAGCUACAAGAUGAACUUAAGUGGAUGUUGUUCCCACUCUAACCUUCCACCGGAGUCGACGGUGUGCGAUUGUGUUUGCACAUCGGGGUCGGUUUUGGAGAUGUCACUAUCCUUCAAGUGGGAGGACUAACUCCACCAGAAACGCACGCUCCAAGAUAUGAGUACGUCAUUUGCGGACCACCAAUGGAGCAGAUUUCGAUUGCAGAACCUCUAGCGUCGAAUGGUAAUUGGUCGAUAGAUAGAUAGGUAGGUAGGUAGGUAGGUAGAGGUAGGAAACUUCGACAGCCGUAACUUUAAGAACAACCCUACUCAUUUGAAAUGUGUACUUUUUGUUUUUCAUUCUCCAUCGCGAUGACGCAGAGCAACUAAGAUACACCAGGAAAGCUGUGCUGAUUAAUAUUUAGCAUGCAAAUAAACGACCUACUCAGGUGAAACCUGCCUUUCACCCGAGGCAUGGGCGCUUGUGCAGCAUACAUUUGCGGGUACCCCUGUCGAGAGAAAAGUGGGAGAGGAAACAAAAUUCGACUUCAUCAUGUUAGGAGAGCUGCACUCCGAACUACACACGUUUCCGGUCUUGAAGGCGGCGGCGAGUAUUAGUGUGUGUGUUGUGACUGUCUCUGUCCCUGUAGACCAAGGAACAAGCACAAGCAAGGCUAGUAUUAAGAUCCAUAUGGUUAAAACUAAUAAACAAGAACUUCCCACCACUUCCACCUUUCAGUCGAAAGCGAUCGACGUCAUGAGUACCAGUUCGAGACGGAGCAGUUGGAUAUUUGUCGGCGUUAUAUUCCCUCGGCCGUUUUCAAGCAGAUUGCUGGUGGCACCUUGACCUACGUAAACGAGAUGCGGAAUAUUAGUGUCAUCUUCAUCAAUGUGCAAGGAAUCGACGUGAGCACAGCGGAAGGGUCAUUUUAUGGCGAAGAUUGGUAGAUGUAGAUGUAAAAAGGAUGUUGUUCUUGGUUUUUUAUAGUAGAUGCAUGCUUUCUCUGAAAAGCGUUAUCUUCUAAAACUCAAAAGCAGACGAACUGAUGAAGGCAGUGCAGAGCUGUUGCACCGCGCACGAAGGCACCCUGAACAAGUUUCUAGUAGACGACAAGGGAAUGCUUUUUCUUCUCUGCUUUGGCUUGCCACCGUUGGUGCACACGGACGAUUGGUAGAUCGAAGAUCAACGAUAUAUAAAGUGGAGAGUGAUACUAGAUUACAGCAUAGUUCUAGUCGUAGAGGAUGACUGUUGUGAAAUUAGUAACCCUCAUAUUUUCUUCUAUGCACGACCACUAUUUUAUCCUCUACUUCUACUUCUUCUACUUGUGAUUUUCCAAAUCCUUCAACAGCAUCCGCGCAGUUCUCUGUUGUAUGGACAUUCGAAAACACAUGAAACGAAUGGAGCUGAUAGCGCGCUUCGGUGUUACUACUGGUCGCAACUAUUGCGGAGUUGUCGGUUCUGCUUCGCGUAUGGAAUACACAGUGUUGGGGGAUUCCGUCAACCUUUCCGCCAGGUUGAUGGCGGGAUCCAAGCCACAAGGGAUUCUAGUUGGCGAGCGAACGUACGAUUUGGGUCAAACGGAACUGGAUUUCAAUGUUUUGGAGAAGAUAAAAGUGAAGGGGAAGUCCAACCUGAUCCCGAUAUUCGAGCCUAUGCGAAAAGCACCUAAGAAGGUCUUGGGCAAAUGUCCAGAGACAGGCGAGCUUUACCUGCCAUGGACAGUGCAGGGUCGUCUAGUGGGAGGAACGAACAGCCUCUUAGACUUGUCGCCGAAUUGGAGAGAGCUGAUCAUCUGUCAGAAGCUGUUGAAGUUAUGGCUUCUUACGAGGACUAUGACUUGAGAACUAAUAUGACUUUGAUGACUUUCUAAAUCGGUCAUCAAAGUCAACAUAAUAAAUUCUACUCUCAGUACUGGUACUCGUCGGAUGAAGCGGAAAAGCAUGAACAUCCUCUGCGGCUUCUAAUCUCCGAAACCAAUCUCCCCGUACCCGAUCCACCUGCGUCAAGAGGAGCAAAGGUCGCAGAUGUGGACGAUAUUUUCGAAGCUCGAGCACAAGUUGGCUUAGUCACGCAAGAAGCGUCGACCGUGAAGCAUCAUGUGACAGUCGGGAAACAGCAGACUUUAGUUACGCCAGAAUGAUCAGUAUCUGUGUCGUGGAAAAGGCAAUGUUGAUGUUCUUGAGGACUCCUAGAGGACUUAUUCUUUCAAAGAUUAUGACCACGACAACUUUUCGCCCCUCUUCUAAUCUUCCAGCCGCGUCACGUCAGAACUUCGAAGACGCGGCCAAACAGAUCGAAAAGCAUAGUGUUUUUGAGCGUGGGGGUCCGAUGGUUCUCAUAGGUGGUUUCGGCCUAGGUAAGACGGAGCUAAUCGAGUACGUAGCCCACACAGCGAUGAAAAAGUUCAAGCUUGUGCCGAUUGUCGGCAGUCAAGGGGUGAGGCCUGGUAUUGUUUGGCGAUCGCUUGUUUUUGUGAUUCAUUGUUCUAGACCUCUUGACUCAUGAUCUGGCUGUUCUGAUUUCUUCUGGCCCAGAGUGCUGGUGCUCCGUAGCAGUAGACGCGUGCAGCAUACAGAUUUUGCGUUUGUGAAGAUGGACAAGAUGUCAAAAUACACGACGAUAGGAGUAAAUGGGCAUGUUAAAGUUGCUGAAGUCGCACAAUUAGAUCCUUCUGUUUUGCUUGUCUCUCGCAUACUUACACCGACCAAGUUGCAUAAUUCCAGGUGAACUCGGCCGCGUGUUUUCCGAGCUUCUGCGAUCGUUGUUGUCAGCCUUCAGGUGCAACGAUCCGGACUUACCACGUGACUCAGACCUAGAGUGUUUGAGAUGUAUCAUACCCGCGAAAUUCACCACUGCUCUAGAGUGGAUUCCGAGUCUCCUAGGAAGGCCAUGGAGCGACGAUGAUGACCCAGGUAAGUGCACUAGUUUUAUUAAAGAUAUUCCCUGUAGAUGUACUGCAAGCUGUGACUGAAAGUAUAAUUUGAAAAGAAUCAGCAUCAAGUGCAGGAUGCUCUGCAUGAUCGAUGACCAAGAUCAUGAUCUUCUACUUACUUUUCUCAUUGACUAGCCACUUACUCGUUCAUUGACCACUUUUCUUGUCGCUACUAACAAACUAGUAACUCGGUGCUCCUUUUAAAUUUGAUGUCGACUCAAAACUGCUGCAGUUACAGCUUGAUAUGCUCCUCUCCUCGUUUCCAGGUGAAGAAAAAGUCUCCGAUAAGGAUCGAGUGGAACGAUACAAGAGUUUGAUCGAGUUGAUCAUAGCUCUGUUGCGCGACAUCCUGAAGAAGCAGUCGGUAGUGAUCGCUUUGCGUUUCGAACGAGGAACGAACCUUUUUACACGGACUGACGAUAGCACCUUCUGGAUGGUCUCAUCAGCGUUCUUGGAUCUGUACAAGGUACUGAAUGAUUGUGAAGCUUAAUUUUAUAAGUUUUGAAUAUGUUAUUUUCCGGGUAAAAUUUUAUAUUAAAUUAUAUGUUUUCCUCUUUACUAGAGUAAUGGUUCUAAUGCAAGAUGAAAAGAAAUCGCAGAAGACGAGCAUGGUAGAGAUUUGAAUUUCUUUUUGUUUACAACUCAGCCGUAAGGGUACCAAGGCCAGGCCGGGAAACGCCGGACCAGAGGAAAGCCUAUAGCGAAGCCGUAGAGGGGACAAAAGGAGACACACAGGAAGCAAUGCGAAAGGCAGCUCAGAAGGUCUUUGGAGAAGAGAAGCAGGAGAAGCCGUGGAUCACGCAGGAGUUCAGGGAUGUCUGGCUCGAGCGGCAGGCACAGCUCCGAGCAGGGGACAAGGAGGAGGCCAAGAGGCUGCUAAAGCUGCUGUCAUGGAUAGAGAGAAGGGACGAGGGGAAGUGGCUAGAAAUGACUUGCGCAGAGGCUGGCGAGUAUUAUGCGAAGAGUGGACUGGCGCCGGCAUUGGGAAGAGUAAGCAGGUACUACGGCAGGAGGCCCGCGCAGAGGGUAAGAAGGGUGACAACUGAGCCGCUGGCAUAUAGCGGGAGGACCGAGCACACAGCCAAGGGCAAGGCGGAGCUUCACAGAGCAUUCUACGAAACAGUCUCUACAGGGCAGGAGCCAUCCUCGUAUCCAGCGGAGACAGCCACAGAAGGCAGAGGGGGCCUCAAGGGUGUCAGCAGCACUGUCACAGACAGGGAGAUAGAAGACGCGGCGAGGAGGUUGAGGCUAGGGAAGGCGAGCGGCACCGACGAGCUUACCGUGGAGCAUCUCCUUCUACUAGAAGGAACAAACAAAAAGAGGCUCUUCGCAGCAGUAAGGAGGAGAUGGGAAGGUGCGGAGCUCAGCCCACACGAGGUAGAGUCAUUAGUAACAGUGCUUCCAAAGCGGGGAAAGGACCAGAGCAAGGCAGAGGGGUGGCGGCCCAUAUCGCUACUAAACGUACUAGCAAAGGCACGCGCGCAGUUGGUUCACAGCAAGAUCUCGAGAGCUAUAGACAGCAUUCUCGGGGAGGAGCAGGCGGGAUUCAGGAGGUACAGGAGGGCCGUCGACAAUACACUGGCGCUAAAGAUACUAGCACAGAACGAGAGGAAGGCAGGGAGGCCGCUCUUCUUGUUGUUCAUCGACCUGCAGCAGGCCUUUGACAAGGUACCUCGCACACUGAUACAGCGCGCCUUCGGGUGCUAUGGUCUACCUGAGGAGAUGCAGGCUAAGUUCUGGGCGCUAUACAGGGGACAUCUGUUCCAGGUGAAGCGAGACGGCGCGAGAAGCAGGCCAACAGAGACAACAACAGGAACCAAGCAGGGCUGCCUACUGUCGCCAACCAUCUUCAGCCUGGUCGUGCGGUGCGUACUCCUACACACAGGGCAGACAGGGGGGGCUAAGGCUGGGACAGCAGAGGACCACGAGGAGUGACAGCAUGGCAGCCACUGAUGGAGACGAGCUCAGGAGGCUCCUAUACGCCGAUGAUAUAGUCUGCUUCGCAGAGAGCUGGCAGGAGCUUCUCGAGGUAGUGGGAGACAUAAAGCAGACCUUCACACCGUUCGGGUUGCAGGUAAACGAGGGAAAGACAAAGUUCCUAGUAGUGAACGCUGAGGGACAGCCAGAGACCUUCCCUGAGGCGAUCGGCAGGAUCGGGAGGGUCAGGGAAUUCGAGUGCCUGGGUACGAUCAUCACAGAGGAGGCCGACGAUGAGAGGGACAUAGAGGCGAGAAUAAACAAGGCACAAAGGAAGACAGGGGAGCUGGGCCGCAUACUCUGCAGCAGUAGAGUUCGGCCGCAGCUGAAGGUGAAGGUUCUCAACUCGUUCGUCUACCCGGUCUUAGCCUGGGGGGCGGAGACUUGGGCUCCGACACAGAGGCAGGAGGACGCGUUGGACACCUUCUGGAACAAGAAGCUGCGUCAGUGCCUAGGUAUAACGAAGAGGGACAGGUGGACAACAAAGGAAGUUUUAACGAGCCUAGACCAGAGGAGGCUCUCAGAAAGACUACAGUCUGCACGUCUGAAGUACCUGGGUCACGUCGUACGCUACCCAGAGGGGCGAUGGGUGAGGAGACUGAUAGGGGCCACAGACGCUGGGAGGCCAGCGAAGACCAACAGAAAGGGAAGACCGAGGGAAACGUGGAGGGAUAGGGUAUCCAAGGAACUAGUGGCUAGAUUUGCCACAAUGGAUGACUGCCUAGAAAGAGAGCGAUGGAAGAUCAUAGCUGAGGGAAAGGCAAACGACCCCCCCCCCCUCCUCCACCAUCGACAUCUUCAGCGCAGCACUUCUUCUUCUUCUUCUUCCUCUUCCUCUCAAAUCCUUCUACCACAGGACCCACCUCAACUAGCACUAGAACUAGAAUGUCAGCGCCAGCACCAUCGGCAACAGCUUCAACUUCAUCAUCAUCACCUUCAACAACAGGACACAACUGGCGAAAUAGUAGCAAUGGAAGCAAAUAGCGAGCAAGUAGAAGCGCCGCAUCCACAUAGUCAACUUUUUCAACACAACAGUUUCAACAUCAGGGAAAUCCGUAAAACUCAGAAGAGAUUCAGGGAAGUCGUAGGACAAUUCCGAACCGACUAACAUCAUCAUCACAACUCAAAUAAGUACACGUGUUGAACUUUUUACUUCCUGAUCCACACCCUGAACACACUCACAACAGGAACUCAAGCGCACUCAAGAGUUCAAGACUACUCUGACAAUAGUUCUCUGCAUCAGAGACCGGAAAACGAUUCCAGGAUACGAAAACGUGGUUUUCAGUUACAUGCGAGAAGUAAUGCAGAGCGGGGUUUGGCUAGACACGCAUCCCUUUGACGAAAAAUUAGUAGGGGAAUACAUGGCUACGGAAUUGAAUGUGCCUUUGGCAAAUUUAUGAGCAGAUGACUAUGUUGUUGCUGACUAUUUCUAUAAUUAGAUCCGCUGAUCAAGUAUCUCUAAUCUGAAUCCCCAACCCGCUGAUCAAGUACAUAUCCGAUAUCACGUUGGGAAACGCGCUUUUUGUCCGAGAGGCGAUGGCGAUGCUGCAGAAGUUUCGGCACAUGCACGUGCACGACCAGAUAGUGUCAGCCAGCGAAAAUUUAGACGAGAACGUGGAAGUCAGCGAAUGGCCUAAUAUUAUGGCUUGUUGGUAGGUUUUUUGAUGUGCCGUUGCCGGCCGUAGGUCUGAUCCUGCUGGACGACGCUCUAGAAUGAAUGAUGAUAGAUACUACACUCUUCUCAGUCUCACGGUUCUUCCUUCUUGACUGCCCUCCUAAAUGCGCUUGCGCACAUCACACCAACAUAAUAACUAUGACUUCUCUAACUCCCCCCACAUGAUCGGUUCCAUCCUUGCGGUAAUCGAAUCUUUGGAUCCUUUGCCUGCUAGUAUUGUCAAGAUGGCCGCAGUUUUUUCCGGCAAAUGGGAGUUGUCGGACAUUCUAGCGUCUGCUUGUCCAGCUUGGAGUGGGCAAGCGAGAUAUGAGGUUUUGCGACAGUUUUUGGCUCUGACGCAGUUGAUCGACAUGGACAUCGUAGUGAACGAGGGAGGAGCGAAUGGAGCAGUAGGGCCGACUGGUGCUGGAGGAUAUGGAGCUACGCCUGGUGGAGGAGCUUCCUCAGCUGGUGGGCAGCAAAAUCCGACGUUGCUCAGCGACUAUCCAAGCGGAGACAAGUCGGAUAAGAAGUCGGGCGGGGAAGACGGUGGCAAAGUUAAGGAAGUAGGAGUAGGAUUUUCUAGCAAGGAGUAGCAAGUAGAAGUAGCCUUUUGUAGCUAGUGCCACUACGUUCUUUUGCACAUGGUUGUGGGGGGACCUACUGACUAUUAUUAUUUACUUACUACAUCAACACAGAGUGUGCGUCGUGUGCGAUGAACAAGAGAACCAACUCUCAACACUUUCAUCCACGUGCACUUCGUCUAACUACCGCGAUCAAUCCAGUGGUAGCAAUUUACAGGUGGGCGGCAGCAGUCCUUCAUCCGCUGCACCUCCUGAGGGCGCACCUGUCGGGUCUAUGGGCGUGCGGUCUUUUGGACUUUCUAGUUCUAGAAGAAUGAGUUCAACAGGUGGCUUUGGCCUGCAUCGAAGCGAGCCUGUCCAAUCAGCACAUCAACAACUAGCGGAUGGACAACACUAAGGAAUGUUUGUUCUAAGAAUUUCGAUGUUUCAUGAAAGGCACGACAGGCACACUAACAACAACUACCAAGUGUCACUCGUGGGAAUUUUUUGAAAGAGAAAAAGCGUCUUGUUCUGGCCUAAUUCCGCUUUAUGUAGAACUAGAAGAUCUGGUAAAUUAGGCUUUCUUGAUAAUUUCCGCUUUAUGUCGUGGAACUAGAUCUAGUUCUGGUGGAUUAGGCUAAUCGCUCCUGCUGUUGAGAUGAGUGUGCGCUCCUUCUCCUUGCAUCGUUGACAGGGUGAGCUGGCUCUAACACCAGGCUGCAUUUGCCGGUCCUUUCCGAUUAUCGAAUAUUCUAGUGCGAAAAGUAGCGGGAAGCAUGGUGUUAGAGAAACAGAAGAGGGGAGUAAAACGCAACGCCUUGAUGGACCGAACCUUGAGGAAAGAGCUCCCUCCAAGACUAGAGGUUUUGCGGAAGAAAAAGGGGAUACCCCACAUUCCUUGGUACUAUCAGUUAAGGUGUCUUCCUGGAAGACUUUUUAGGUAAGUAGGUCUAAUAAAACUUAUAAUAGAAAUACUAACAAAAACAAACACAAACUAUGAAUCUCCUCCUAGUCCCCAAGCUCACGACACCUUCUAUUCCUUCUUAAUCAAAAAUUUUUUGUGCAGGGGUUAGUUUACCAAACGACCUACAUCAAUCUAGGUUUUUCAUCAUUUUUAGGUAGGUCUUGUCUCGUCACGUGAAGAAGGAUGAUGUUGAGGAUGUUGAACUUUUGAUAGCUCUAGUUAUAUAACUAACAGAUCCAUUUUAGCCCUCAACCGCAUGAAGAAUCUCUUCUUCUAAUUCCAGUCGAACUCCCGAAAAACCACAAUAUGAGACACACUACGACAAAAGCAAGAGGAAGUUCGUCGAAGGAGCUAGCCAGAGCGCAGUCGCAAGCACUCAUGCACAGUGCUGAGUUGCUGAAAGGUGUUAUGAGCGUGGUCGCUACUUGAUCAUGAUAUUUUCGUAAAUAAUUUACAAAAGUAGCAUUAAAUGAUUCACUCAGUUACAAAAUGCUACUUUUGUAACUUCUGAGUGAGUACCAGAAGUAAGUAGGACGGGAACUACUGAUGAAAGGAGGAAGUAAGAGGGAGGUCUUCAUCAGGUUCAGAGUGCGCCGGUUCCCAAAUGCGGCUCUAAGAAAGGAGACCAAGGGUUAGGAGGCGCUAGCUCUGAGCAUCUGGGAGAGGACGUAAUUAAGGCCAACAGAGGUGAAGGACGCAGGCCGAGCAAGGGAACGGCUGACGCCGUAGGUAAAGUCCCAAUUUUGGGAGACGGAUUGACGAACUUGCAGAUCGUUUAGAACGCUGAUGCUGACAAGCAUUGCUGUUCAGAAAGGUAGAGGAAUGGAGAAGACUUUCACACCAAUUUCAACCAGUUGGAGAAGAAGACUCAGGAGUCUCAGAAAUUAAAUUUAGAUUUAUUUGAAAAUCGCAUAUUCUGAUUUAUUACUUAAGCAAUCGCAUAUUGUUCGGAUUUACUUAAUAAGCACAUUUAUCUGAUCAGACUACUUGUUUCGAUGUCCAGUUUUUCGUCGUGGAUCAACCUAGACAUUAAAAGAUACUGAUAGAAGACACAUACAAUCUCGCUACUGUAGUAAGUAAUCAGUUCAACAUUUUUAUCCUCGAGGCUGAUAUAUAAAUGCGGUAGGCUGCAGUAUCAGUAUGUCGUGUUUCGUGAUUCUUUCAAUCAACAUUCAUAAAGAUGGCUUUAGAUAGUUUCCGUUUUUUAGAUUCUGCCUUUGUGGCUUCUUGUUUUCCCAGUUCUUGCAGUUCUUUUGAUCACUAUCGACAUGAUAGACAUGAUAGGGCGGGGUGGUUUCUGCUUAUUGUUGGAGUUUUCGUUUCAUGUUGAGCACCGAAUAAGUAGUAGUAAGAUAAUGUGAUUUUUUGCUUUGUUUCGGUGCUGCGGUCUCGGUGAGUAGCUGGAAAGCACGGCUGGUACAACCCCUUCACGACAUGUUGUUGAUUAGAUUACACAUUAAUGAUGACAUCAAUGAACGAAGAAAGUUAUCAUAAUUAAUUAAGCAUUACGAACACUUAGUAUGAUGAGACGAGUGAGUAUUUUUGAGUACCUAGUCGUUUUGGUGGGACGGUUUCAGUUUCCUUGCCGCCGUCUUGUUUUUGCACAGCAAAGUAGAAGAUAUUUUUUCAUCAUCCAAGCACUCAUGAUUUGCAUAGCAGAGUCAGGUACUAGUUUAGGUUUUCGAAGGUACAACAUGGGCAACCGUUACAGUAAGACGUCGCCAUUCUUGUGAUAUUUCAUCUUUAGCAGAUUACAAAAAUCCUAGUAGUUUUCGUUUUCGGUAGAUAAAAGCGACUCAGCAAGCAUAGAAAGAGAUUGAGAUUGAGAACUCCAGAGACAACAUUCGUGAAAAUGUGCGUGAAAAUGUGCCAGAUAACAUAAGAAGACCUAUGAUAGUACUAGGUAAGUCGAUGUCGAAACAAGGACAAACAUAGAUGGAGGACUUGCGUCACAGAAUAUGCGUCGAAGUAUAGGUGGAGCAUCUUUCUGAUGUCGUGUGUUGGAGAGUACCUCCCGGAUCAGCCUCUUGUUUUCUG